UGGACGGGGUCAGGGGUGGAAGUUGAGGUUGGCGGCCUAACUUGCUGCAGGCCCCAGUUUGGGCAGGGAGAGGUGGCUUGCGUUAGGCUGGAGGAAAAGCUCCUUGCCGUGGGACUGCCCGGGGAGACAGGGGUGCGAGGAACUUUGGGAACCGGGUUGUGAGGACCCAGGUCGUCGAGGAAAUACAGUUUUGCAGAACACUGAUAUCAAUGGACUCUAACAUGGACUUCAUUUAAAGAAAUCCACCGACCAUUAUUGGACAAAAACAUGAAUCAAUUUGUAUUGUGGCAUUCAAAUCCUAGCACUUUGGGAAAGGGAAUUUUGCUGGGAUUUGUGCAUUUGAAAAAACAGCUACCUCUCUCAGUUCUAUGGACUGGCUUCAUACACGGGGAGACUUUCAUCAGUCAGCCAACUAAAGAUUCUGGAGACUUCUCAAACUUGGCAUGGCUAAUGCUACAAAUUACAGAAAUACAGUAGCUCAGAAGAGAAAGAAGCUUGGGGAUGUGGAAGAAGAUGAAGCAGCAUAACAUUUUAUCUUGCCAAGAACAGAAUUCGGGAUCCACUUUUACUCUUAGGUUUUGGAGCCCUCUCUUGCAUCAGAACUCUGUCCUCCUAAUCCUCUGAGUGUCACCUCAGGAUCCUGGGCACACUCAUGGCACGAUGGCCAACCCUCAGGAGCACCUGAGCUGCUCCUCUUCCCCACACUUACCCUUGAGUGAAAACAGAACCUUCAAUGGACUACAAGAUGAGCUCACACCUACGGGGAGCCACCCUUCACCCAAGCUCCUUAAGGACCCGCAGGAAAAGGGGGGAGUACACGCAGAGCUAACCGAGAACAUGAACAGCCCCAUCACCACAACAGUGUUGACGAGUGUGAGCGAAGAUUCCAGGGACCAGUUUGAGAACAGCGUUCUUCAACUAAGGGAACAAGAUGAAUCGGAAAUGGCCGUGUCUCAGGGGAACAGCAACACCACAGACAGAGAGAGCACAAGUGGAACCGAAGACAUCAAGAUUCAGUUCAGCAGGUCGGGUAGUGGCAGUGGUGGGUUUCUGGAAGGACUAUUUGGAUGCUUGAGGCCUGUAUGGAAUAUCAUUGGCAAGGCAUAUUCCACUGAUUACAAAUUGCAGCAGCAAGAUACUUGGGAAGUGCCAUUUGAGGAGAUCUCAGAGCUGCAGUGGCUGGGUAGUGGAGCCCAAGGAGCUGUCUUCUUGGGCAAGUUCCGAGCGGAGGAGGUGGCCAUCAAGAAAGUGAGAGAACAGAAUGAGACGGAUAUCAAGCAUUUGAGGAAGUUGAAGCACCCUAACAUCAUCGCUUUCAAGGGUGUUUGUACUCAGGCCCCAUGUUACUGCAUCAUCAUGGAAUACUGUGCCCACGGACAACUCUAUGAGGUUUUGCGAGCUGGCAGGAAGAUCACACCCCGAUUACUAGUGGACUGGUCUACAGGAAUUGCAAGUGGAAUGAAUUAUUUGCACCUCCAUAAAAUUAUUCACCGUGAUCUCAAAUCACCUAAUGUUUUGGUGACUCACACAGAUGCAGUAAAAAUUUCGGAUUUUGGUACAUCUAAGGAACUCAGUGACAAAAGUACCAAGAUGUCCUUUGCUGGCACAGUCGCGUGGAUGGCACCAGAGGUGAUACGCAAUGAACCUGUCUCUGAAAAAGUUGAUAUAUGGUCUUUUGGAGUGGUGCUUUGGGAGCUGCUGACGGGAGAGAUCCCUUACAAAGAUGUGGACUCUUCAGCCAUCAUUUGGGGUGUUGGAAGCAAUAGCCUACACCUUCCAGUUCCUUCCACUUGCCCUGAUGGAUUCAAAAUCCUUAUGAAACAGACAUGGCAGAGUAAACCUCGCAACCGGCCUUCUUUCCGGCAGACGCUCAUGCAUUUAGACAUCGCUUCUGCUGAUGUUCUUGCCACCCCACAAGAAACCUACUUCAAGUCUCAGGCUGAAUGGAGAGAAGAGGUGAAAAAACACUUUGAGAAGAUCAAAAGUGAGGGAACCUGUAUACACCGAUUAGAUGAAGAACUGAUUCGGAGGCGCAGAGAAGAGCUCAGGCAUGCUUUGGAUAUUCGUGAACACUAUGAGAGAAAACUUGAGCGGGCUAAUAAUUUAUACAUGGAACUGAGUGCCAUCAUGCUGCAGCUGGAAAUGCGGGAGAAGGAGCUCAUUAAGCGUGAGCAAGCAGUGGAAAAGAAGUACCCUGGAACUUACAAACGACACCCCGUCCGUCCAAUAAUCCACCCCAACGCCAUGGAGAAACUCAUGAAGAGGAAAGGUGCGCCUCAUAAAUCAGGGAUGCAGACCAAACGGCCAGAUCUGUUGAGAUCUGAAGGUAUCCCCAGUAUGGAGGUGGCUCCCGCCGCAUCCCCUUUGUCUGGAAGUCCCAAAAUGUCCACCUCAAGCAGCAAGAGCCGAUAUCGGAGCAAACCCCGCCACCGCCGAGGGAAUAGCAGAGGCAGCCAUAGUGACUUUGCAGCGAUCUUGAAAAACCAGCCAGUGCAAGAAAAUUCACCCCAUCCCGCUUAUGUACACCAGGCUCAAUCCCAGCACCCUUCUUCCCAUCACCAUAAUCCUCUGCAGCAGCAAUACCAGCAAUGCCCUCCUGCCGUGCCUCAGAGUCACCAUCCCAGACUCAACAUGCACGGACAGGACAUUGCAACUUGCGCCAACAACCUGAGGUAUUUUGGCCCAGCAGCAGCCCUGCGGAGCCCACUCAGCAACCAUGCUCAAAGACAGAUGCCUGGCUCUAGCCCUGACCUCAUCUCCACAGCCAUGGCGGCAGAUUGCUGGAGAAGUUCUGAGCCUGACGAGGGCCCAGCUGGCCCCUGGGGCUGUUGUCAGGCUGACCCUUAUGACCCCUGCCUCCAAUGCAGGCCAGAACGGUGUGGUUCCUUAGACAUACCCUCUGCUGAGCCAGUGGGGAGGAGACCCGACCUUUUCAAGUCACCAGCACACAAUCCCCUCUCGGAAAAUGCCCAGGGUUCUGAGAAAAUGGAAGAAAAUGAAUUCAAAGGUUGUAGGUCUGCAUCAUCCCUUGGCAUCCCUCAUCACGUCACCCCCCCAGUGCUACCUCGAAACACAAGGCCCCUGCAAAAGAGUGGAGAUGACUCCUCAGAAGAAGAAGAAGGGGAAGUAGAUAGUGAAGUUGAAUUUCCACGAAGACAGAGGCCCCAUCGCUGUAUCAGCAGCUGCCAGUCGUAUUCAACCUUUAGCUCUGAGAAUUUCUCUGUGUCUGAUGGAGAGGAGGGAAAUACCAGUGACCACUCCAACAGUCCUGAUGAGUUAGCGGAUAAACUGGAAGACCGCCUGGCCGAGAAGCUAGAUGACCUGCUGUCCCAGACGCCAGAGAUCCCCAUUGAGAUAUCCUCGCAUUCAGAUGGGCUCUCUGACAAGGAGUGCGCCGUGCGCCGCGUGAAGACGCAGAUGUCUCUGGGCAAGCUGUGUGCGGAGGAACGUGGCUACGAGAAUCCUAUGCAGUUUGAAGAAUCGGACUGUGACUCUUCAGAUGGAGAGUGUUCUGAUGCCACAGUCAGGACCAAUAAACACUACAACUCUGCUACUUGGUAAUGAAAGAAAACCCAUCCUGAAGAUCUCAUGACUAUACUGGCAUUUCAGAUCCAUCCCACCCCCAGACUCUUCCCACUCUCUCCCUGCUUUUUCAUCUGGGAAGAGAGCUGCCCCCUCUUUCUUACCCCUAGAAAUGAGCUGCAAUAACAGGAACAUGAGACUUCGCAAAUCUCUUGGAAAAAAAUAUCCAAAUGAAAUUAAGUCUCACUGAACAUUUCAAUCAAGAAUGGCAGGGAUCUAUUUUAUUGAAUAUUCUAGCUACUGUAACAUUGAUAUUUAUUUUUGUUUGACAUUUUAACACUUUGUACUGUAAAGAGUGAACUAUAUAUGAUAUAGAGAGAGACACAAUAAUUUCUUGCAAAAAGAGAGAGAGAGAGAGAGAGAGAGAGAGAGAUAAAGGAAGAAAGAAAAGAAAGAAAGAAGUGGAAUUUAGGAGCAACAUCAUUGGGAAUUUGUGGGGCCAGGAGAUAUUAUUGCUACUUGAACAGGGGACCAGUUCUUUUGGCCAUAAGAGACGAAGAAGAGCCAGAGCAAGACAUACUGAUUAUUUUAGAAAACAAAGAAAAGCAAUUCCAGGUAACUUGUGAACAGACCACAUUAAGUUCAACCAGCUUGCCCACAUGGGUGAUGGAAAUGAUCUAGAAGAGACUGAUGACCAGAUACUUGCACCCAAGGUCCUUGAGGGCAUGUGCUUCCUCUAGGAGGAAAAAAGACAACUACACAUCUGGAAGCUGAUUUCAUUUCAAGAACUUGAAGCAGUAUUUGGUAGUGAGACUUACAGAUAGCAUCAAGCCUUGUCUUUGACAAAUGCUUCCCUUUUUAAUGCUGUCAUUGUCAUUACCUUGACAAAUGUGUUACCUUGACCAAUGUGUUGAUUUUUGAGACUCAAGUGCCAUUUUCUUAUAGCCUAUUUCCUUUCCACCUGUUGACCACUUCCUUUAGGAAAAAAGGCAGGGGGUGCCAAAAAGAGAAAAAGGAAAUUUACAACAGUAUUAGAAAAGCAAAUGUGGAAUUUGUGAAAGUACAUUCUCACAAUGUCUCAGUUCAGCUACGUGAAGAAGAUCAGAUCACCCCUCUGUGGAACCAGGUUACUUGUCUACUAGAGUCAUAUUGAUUCAAACAGAACAGACUUUGAAGGCAGCUAGCGUGUGUGUGAGUCUGUCCAAAGUCCAAUCCCGAACCACCCCCUUGUUUUUAUUCAUUAACUCAUUCUAUCUGGGAAGCUUUAGUGCCUAGCUACCACUAUCAGGAUAAAGGCAGCAUAAGCAACUUGUAAAAGUCAACCCCUCCCACAUUACAAUAGCAUUUUUGUUAAAUGCAACUGGUAAAGUGUAUUUUACUGCACUUUGGAUCAAUGCAGUUGGAAAUAAUUGAAUCUGGAAAUUUAUAGAAAGAACAACUGAUGCUGAGCAGCAAUUAGAGAGAUUUUACAUUGUCCAAGACAUGAGGUCCUGGCUUGUCUCUGGGGUCACGGUCUUUGAAAAGCAUCCCAAGGAAUUUCAUCAUGCCUCAGCUUCAAGGAAAUUUUUAUCUAGAAUUUUAUAUAAAAACGGGUGUUGGCCUAGUUUCCAUCUCUGUCUCCAAGACAGGUUUCUGUCAAACAACCUCUCUAGGCUCAAGACCUGAAGAACAUGGCUUGACUCUUUGACACUGCAUCACGUUGGACAUUAGGAAAGACUUACACAUUACAGGUAUUAAACUAUUUCCAACAAGGAUGAAAACGUUGCCCUCCGCUGGGGGUCGCCGAUUGCAUCAGCCAAAAAGGAAAGGUGGAGGGAAUUUAGAGCACUUCCUUUGCUUGUCUGAUCCCUCCAUGUGUUUACACUUUAUGUUGAGUCGUUGAUUUAAAAUUUAGUGUCUAUAAUUUAUAGCUCUUAGGUAAGAUGAAGGAAAAUGUUUAACUUAUACAGAGAGCAGUAUUGUUUGCAUUAAAUUAUUCCAUUUUGUAUAAAUUCUGUAGCUGGACUACAUGAAAGAUCUUAAGUUAUGGCAUUAUUAUCACUGUUAUUUUGUUUUAUAAUAAUUAUUCUCAUUUUCUGUCGAUCAGAAGGUGUGGCUUUACAGUGUAGCACAAUGAUUGUGUUUAUUGCUAACCAUGAAUAAUUAUGGGUUUUUAUGAUUUUUAUGAAGGAAUGAAAAUGGAACUGCCAUUUGGGAGCUCCCUGGUAUUCAUCUUAGUUGUAUUCCCUCAUUUUCUGUGUGCAACAACAAUCAUCUGAGGAUGCGGGUUCUGCCCUGGAGGCCAGUGGAUGCACUGUGGCUUUGACUUGAUCCUGAAAGCUCCCGGGUGGGCAGAUGACUGAGUGGAUGGACAAAUACUUCAAAAGCUGUAAACUUUCUCAAGUUUCUUAAGAAAUAAAAUCAUGGGACUACAUUAGAGGCAAAAAGAGAAUUAUUUAGUCCCCUGGGAGGAGCCAACCUAGGGAGUUGCUGCCCGGGGCCCAUGGGUUAGGCAGAUUCAAGAGCGGGCAGCACAGUUUGUCAUCUCCUUCUUUCCAGGUCCCAUAGUAACAACUUUUUAUUUCUCCUGGCUGGGAGUAGCAGGGAAACAUAAAAAGAAACAAGCAAACAAAAAGAAUAUGUAUAUCAUGACAUUGAAAUAAAAUGCCUAGCUAUGAUGUCAUCCCGUAAUAAGACUAGAGGCAUUCUAGAAGGAGGCCUACUCACUUAGAGGGUGAUCGGGCCGGAAAAGUACCUUAAAAGGCCAUAUUUUCCAUCCUUGGACUUCAGACCACACUCAACUGUGAAUCUCUCUGGUUCAUUUCUUCUGGGAACUGAGAGUUCAUCUCUUGAGACUUCAGACCACACUAAACUAUGAAUCUCUCUGGUUCAUUUCUUCUGGGAACAAGUCUAUGUCCCCUUUCUCUCCACCAUAAAACACACUUUAGCUCGUCCAGUUCUUGCCCACCUGUAGUGGCAAAAGGAAACAGGAGGGUCGGCUUCUGUCUUACAUCUUUCAGUGAUGGUCUUCCUCGAAAACCCACACCUGAUACCUCAUAACUUUGAUGUUUUUUGAAUUCCCAAAUAUGAUAAUGCCAUAUACCUAUCUGGGUUAACUGUUAUAAGCAUGUUAGGGUAGUAGACAGUGUUGAAUCAUGAGUCAUUCACUGUAUUGUUGAGAGUUGAAUAAAGCUCCACAUUGAACCCUUUUAUUUAUUUAUUUAUGUAUUUUUAGUAGAAGUGACGAGAGGCUUCAGAAAAGUCUAGGUUAAAAAUAGUCUAGGUUAAAAAGAGAAAUGCCUUCUCUAUCCCAGCCUUGCCCUUCACUGCCUGCCUUGAGCUAACCAGGACAAUUUUGAAUCCGUGUGUGUUUCUUGGAGAACAGCUCCACAUCCUCUGAGGAGUGCUGAAUCUAAGAGCUCAGGAAAUUGAAGAGCGGAUCCUUCAGUCCUGAGGACUGUGCCACAAUGCUUUAAGGAACCUCACAAGACUGUGAUUUCAAGCUUCAUUGUUGAUGGAAAGCUUAACCCCCUUGGGAUCAGUGUCCACAUUCAUUUAGCAUCUGUUUUUGACCGACUACAAGAUAACGAGUUUUAAUCUGUGUUGCAGAUGAACAUUGGUUCUGAUUUGCAUCUAUUUCUAGAUCAUGUCCUCUGGUAACAAUUCCUAUUAAAAUUGUUUUGCAGAGGGACUGAGAAGCCAACUUCCUUUGAAAUCAUAAUAGACCUUACUGCCACUGAAGUUUAGACCUGUUUGCAAGAUUGGGGGAGCUCCUACUCAAAAAGGAUUUGGUACAGCCUACUUGAAGUUCAGAUAUUUAAAACUUUAGUACCAACAAACCAUCCUUCUAGAAUUAAGGAUUUUUUAGUAGGACGUACUAAGUACUGGACAUAUAUUUCAGGGCCUCAUUGUGCUAAAUUUCCCUCUUACUCUAAGUAAUAGAUACGAUGAUUUGGGAUUUUCCGGGUACCAACCCAAUUUUAAAUGCCCUCCCCUACUGUGAAGCCCUCACACAUCCUUUCCAUGUGAAUGCAUCCUCACUGAUCAACUAAUUUACUUUUUUAUCCCCAUGCCUUUUUGUCUCAAGUGUUCCCCCUUUUCGUAAAAUGUUCCUACUUGAACUUCCUGGAACCGAAUUCUCUAGAAUAGAACAUACUUGGAAUGCAAGGGAUUCCUGCCUUGCUCUGCAGUACAGUUUGCUGUUUUGUUUUUCCACGAAACCAGAAGCCAAUAUACUACCACAUACCACCACCUACCACCUCCACCCUAACACCCAAGACUGAUGUUAUUUAUUGAUCGCCAUAUUCUUUCCCGCCCAGCCCGGACACAGCCUCAGAACCUCUCAUAACACAGCACUUGGAGAAACAAUGACAGCUUGAUUGGAAAAGGGGACAUCUAUUUCAGCAUCCCAACUCGAACCUCACAAUUAAUUUUCUCAAGGUGGUUUGAGAUCUUGAGUUAGCCCUGAAGGGAGAAUGACAGGACCACACCAGUGUUCUCCUUUUGGAGCCCACCCUGUGGCUGUGGAGGUCAGCACCACUGGCAGGAAAAAGGCCACUUGCUUCCACCCACCGCCCUUUUGGACUACAAUUCCAAUUGAAUAAUUUCCAGUCACUGAUGGAUUGAAUUCCAAAGUGUCUCUUCAUUUACGUCAUUUCAUUGUGUUAAAUAGGCAUGUUCCUCCCUCCCCUUCUAUAAACAGAAAGCUAAAGUUAGGUCCCAGUUACCUGCUUCUUUCUUAGACUCUGUGAGGCUAAUGUAUCAAAACAGUGUGAUAUUCUUAAGACUUUGACUUGUACUGUCAGUAUGAAUUUAGUGCCUUUCCAGGCAGCAAGAUUUUUCUUCUUUGCUGAUUUCAUAGAUAGAAUAAAUGUCCUACUUACUAUACUCUUAUCACCAACGUUACCAACCUCACAGACUAGCACGUGAAAAUCACAUUAGUCUGUUUGUUUGCAUGUUGCAGCCAGUACUGCAAGUGCCUAUUCAAACUGGAAUGAAGUAGGUUGCCAAGUGGAAGAGCCUUCUGGAACCUGGAACAUUUCUCAGGGACAGGUGGCACAAGAGGGGAGCUCUGAAAGCACUGCUCUGAAAAACAGGGUUACCCCAAAGGAGUUGGACUAAAGCUUUUGUUAACUUGUCACAUGACCAGAACAUGAUGGCAGGAUUUCAUAGAGACAAGCCCCUAGGCAGAUGCAAGGCCACUGUAAGAAAACUUUCGGCAGACCCCCGACCCCCAGGCUUACUCUCUGGAGCCACUUCACCACACUCAGGAAUGCUGCCUCCUGGCCCCAGGCUGUUGCCCAUUGGCCUGACAGACGGGGUCCUCCAAUGGUCAUACACAGAGGGACCCUGCAGCCAGAAUGUGCAAGCUCUUAGGAAGAUAGCCUUUUUUUUUUUCCACAAAUAAAUUUUUUUUUUUAGCCUUAUUUUGACAGAGAGAGCAGGGGAGGGGCAGAGAAGGAGAGACAGAGGGAGAAAAUCCCAAGCAGGCUCCACACUGUCAGCACAGAGCCCAAUAUGGGGCUCAAACUCAGGAACUGUGAGAUCAUGACCUGAGCCGAAGUCCAGAGUCAGAUGCUUAACUGAGCCACCAAGGUGCCCCAAGAAGAUAACCCUUAUUGACCAUAUCAUCUGAGUGGCUUUCUACCUCCAGUGCCCUCUUCUCAGACUCUGGAAGUGGGAAGACCCACUCUGAUUCUUUAUUGCAGUAAUUUGAGUUCCUAUCAAUUUGGAGCAAAUUCUUUUUUGGGGUUAAGUCUCAAAAUGAGCUUCCUCAUCUGUCUCCCUGGACCUCCAGUACCAUCAGUCCCCUGCUCCCUGUGGUUUCUGAUGCCAGCUCCAUUUGUACUGAAUAAUUGUACACUGAUGGGAACAAGAGCGACUAUCGAAGCAAACCAAUGCAUGGAAUUAAACAAAAAGCGUGCUUCACUCCUUUCUGGUCCUGUCUUUUCCUAAGGUUCUGUUUGUGUCCUGAAAGCUGCCUUCACGGGUCUCAGCACUUGUCAGAGCUGUAGGGAAAGGAAAACUUCACAUGCAGGGUGGCCUGCAGCCAGGAAAGCCGGGUGUGGAGAAGGUUUCUGUGGCUGUGGUUUCAGACACACCUACAGAAGGAGGGGACAACCAUCCCUCUCUUUCCUUAAUAGUUUCCUCUUGAUGGUGGACACGUGCCCUUCUUCUUUCCCAUGGCCUUCCUGCUGCCCGUCUUGUAGCUACUCUUCAUUAGUGACUCCACUAUAAAGUAAGUGUAGAGAAGGAAAAGGUGAAAAUGACAAUCUGGCUUCUAAGGAAUCAUACUGGUAAGAAGCCUCCUGAGAGUGAUGCUAAAACGCCAUUUUGGAUUGUUUGAUUUUCAGCCAAUCCUGAUUCCCGCUGGCAAGGGGAACUGAACGUAAGCAACAUGUACAACACACCCCAUACAGAACGUUUAUAUCCAUUUAUUUGGGAAAUUGCUUUGCCUGUAAACUCACAACUGGUAAGGCACAGUGUAGCAAAAUCAUGAGGCGAGAGGGAGAGAGACAAACAUAAGGAUCUUGAUAAAGGGCACACACUUGCAGUCGUGUAGAAAACAUACUGGCUUCCCCUUGCCUCCUGCUCCUCCAGAACACAAAGAGCCACAGAUUUCACACAGCCUUCUCCUCACCCCCGCUCCUGUAAGCAUGCCUCUUCUAAAGCAAUGUGCCUUUAAAAAUGAAGUCCUUGUCGUGUUUUUUGGAUCAUACCCUGUCCAAAAAACACUGCUUAGGAAUUCAUUCUUCCUCCUGAACAGGAGUAUUCUCAAGAAUUCAUGCAGAACACGUGGCUUGAGGGAAAGCCUUGGCAAGAUGGCAAGAUUCUUGGCCGCACCAAAUCAAAACCCAGCAGAGGAUGCCCAACAGCAACGGUUCUGGUAAGAAAUGGCGAGUUAGUCCUGUACGGUACAGGAUCCCAGAGAUGGUCAGUGUAGGUGCCAAGGUCCUGCUGUACUUGGAAGCAUUAACCCAGGUCUGUGCCAGUUCAGUACUGCAGCUGUAAGCAGCAGCAGCAGCUACAGAUCAUUAAAAAUACAACACAACACAGUAAUCCAAAACCAAGUUCUCCCCCUUGGAUUAAAAGAUAAAAUAGAAUUACUCCUCAGUUAUUCUUGACAAAUGACAAAAUGAAAAAAAUUCAGAGGCUAUGCUGGCUGAUAGCUGAGUGUACUGAAUCCAUUCUCCUAGCAGGACAGAGACAGGAUUCCCACACAGAAAGGACAGAUUAGAAAAUGUACCGACAGGUCAUUUGGUUCCAGUGAGUCAAGGGGCCCAGCCCCAUUCAGACAGGUAAGAAUGUCCCCAGAAUAUACCCAUAACAUGCAGAAUUUGCUGCAUUUAUAUUUAAUAGUCUAUUUGCAAUCAGCUGAAUUGUCAGAACACGCAACCAAGAGAUUUGACACGUUUGGUAACAUCAGUGCAUCUGAACACAAAGCAUCACAGAAAUCACUGUGCAUUUGAGUUGUAUGUGAAAGUUCUAUGCAGUUUGUCAGCUAGUUCCCCUUGGCUUAUGGAAGAGGUAGGUCAUUGGCAAAAAAAAAAAAAAAAAAAAAAAAAAAAAAUACAGAAGAAAACACUCUCCAUGAGACUAACAGGA